AUGCGUUCCCGUCACUUCAUUCACUCCGUUCUCCUCAUGCUGUGUUUCAACUCGCUUGUCCUACUCAUUGCCGCCUGCAUGAAGACUAUUCCGGCGGAGACUGUCAAUCUGGAAGGACGGCUAAGCAGAGCUCCUCUCCAAAAAAUACCAGUGCUUCAGAAUGAUUACAGUUCUCAUGUCGAACAGUUCCGUGCGGCAAAACUCUUCCGUGCGUCAGUUUCUACUGAAUCCAAAUCGGAGAAGGCGGAAGCAUUUGCGUCAGCCGAGUCGGCGUCUCAAUCAAGAGAAACGUCUACUGAAGUGCGAACUUUUGCAAGAAGAGAGGGAAUUACGAAAAAUGCCAAGAUUUUCGCUGCGAAGAUAGACGAAAGGAGUGAAACUCCGAACAAAGAAGAAGAAGAAGUCACUCAGCCAGAACCGGUCAUCGUCCCAACCCGAGAUGAUAACAAAGUCCACGAUGACAGGGAUUUGUUCGAGGCCCUACAGGUUGAGAAACCAGGUAUUAGAACAGGUAAUUCCGGCAGAUAUAGAUUAUCAAUUGUGCUUUCAGAUAUUUGUGGAUCGUGCCCUCCAAUUUGGAUGAAAAACAAUGCAGAAAUGAAGGACGUUUGCUCGAAUUAUGAGUCCGUUUCUACGUUCUUUUCGAUGACUAUGGACAAACGCGACGCCAAGAAUAUCAUCGACAGGAGUGACGUGAAGGAAUGCACCAGAACUAUCACUUGUUCGGAACCACACAUGCUUGUCAAGUCAGUCCUCGCGCAGAUCUUCUCCCAAAAACACUCAUUUCUUUCAGAUGGCACGAAUCCGAUCUUUGCGACGUGCACGCACCUUCUUCCGGCUCUCUCGUCACCGAUUCCACCAAUACAUUCGUUUAUAAAUGCAACGGAACGCACUGGACAUUGCACGGAUUCCCGCUCUCCAGCGUCGUCUGUGCUGUCAGCGCUAACUAG